AUGCUUCCCUUCCCUCUCCUCCCUCUCCUCCCUCUCCUCCAACUCAUCUCCAUUACCUUCACCGCCAAUCACGCCGCCGGCUAUGGCGGUGGCGCCAUCUCUCCCUGCGAAACCUCAUGCUAUCCCACCCACUGCAACUCCUUCAUCUCCAACCUUCAAUCCCACACAACCCCCAACAGCCUCUCACUCGCCGCCGUUGACCGCAGCCUCGCCGCCACCCGCUCGGCAUCCCGAUUCCCCGUCCGAGCAGGCCUCGUCGGACCCACUGUAGAAGACUGCACGGAGCUCAUGGAGUUCAGCUCUGCUGAUCUGAAGCUCGUUAAACGGAAGCUCAUGAGCUCGAAGAAUGUAACGUCGACGGAAGCUGACGAUUUGAUGACGCUCAUGAGCUCGGCGGUUGCCGGAGCGGGAACCUGUUUGGAUGGGCUGGAGGAGGCCGGGAUGAUCGCCGGCACGAGUGAAUCAACCAACGCCGCCACCGCCGUCGGAUCUUUUAUGUUCAACAUCCCAUCGAAUCGGACGGUUAUUGUAGCCAAAGACGGCAGCGGCGACUUCACCUCCGUGAACGACGCCAUCGCAUACGCGACUCAGAGUCGCCGAUCACCGUCGGCCUUCUUUAAGAUUAUCGUCAAACGAGGCAUCUACGUGGAGAACGUCGUCGUGCCGAAGAAACUCACCGGACUGAUACUGAAAGGUGGCGGAAUGAGGCGGACAUUUAUAACUGGGAACAGGAGUGUGGGAGACGGAUAUAGCACUUACCAGACUGCUACUUUAGCUAGGAAGCAAAUCCCUUAUGUGGAAACAAAAGUUCUCCAAGUCAUAGAAGCCUCUGAAGGCCCUAACUCGGUUAAAAUGAUGGAUGAAAAAUUAGUUGAAGUAAUAGGUGAAGUGUACAAUGUCUCAUCAGUAUUUAGUGCCGACUCAUAUUCUAAGUCUACUCUUGUGUUAACCAAAACUAAUGAGCUGAUUCAAGGCUGA